UUUUCUCUAACCCCACUCCGCUCUCUCUCUCUCUCUCUCUCUCUCAUCUCGUGCACUCACUCUGACACAUGAACUCCUUCUCUCUCUAGCUCUUGGUUGGGGAAUAUCUUGGAGCUCCCUUUCUUGAACUUGUACACUACUUGAAGCUCUGAAGGGAGAGAUCAGAUCUGUGUGUGUGUACACAUUGCCUGAGCUAUGCGAUACUACUGAUUUUUCGUUUCUUGGUUCUUCUUGAGGAUGUCGAGCUCCAACCCGAAACAGCCGCAGCGUCCGGGUCCGUUGACUCCGACUCCGGAGUCCCCCGCAAUGCCGCCUUCUUCCUGGGCCAAGCGGACUGGGUUCAGGCCAAAGUUCUCCGGCGAGACCAAUGCCAGCGAUUCAAGACAGGUGAUAGCUCCGUCGCCCAAGCCCAGAGAGCCAGACAAGGCUCAGCCGGAUCUCGAAGCGGGUCGGGGUAGGGCCGUGAACGGUGAGCAGGAGAACAAGAAGGUUGUUCCUCCAACGCCACCGCAGACGGAUAUGGAUCGGACGGUGAAGAAACGGAGGGACUCUGACCGGCCGCCGAAGAGUACGGUCUCGAACGGGCAGGACCCCGGCGCGCCCACGGAGCAGGGUUCAAGGAGGUCAGCGAGGAGCGAGGAAGUGGUGGAUGUGUUGCCACGCAGUGUGGACGAUGAUGAUGGGUUUGUGGGUAGGCACAUGCAUAUGAAGUAUGAGCUCAGAGAUACACCUGGUCUUGUUCCCAUUGGUCUUUACGGAUUCCAGCAUUAUAUUUCGAUGCUGGGUUCCUUAAUUCUCAUUCCGCUCGUCAUUGUUCCCGCAAUGGGUGGAACUUAUGAGGAUACUUCGAAUGUGGUAUCAACAGUCCUCUUUAUGUCGGGAGUGACUACACUUUUACAUACGACUUUUGGGUCGAGGUUACCCCUGAUACAGGGUCCAUCGUUUGUUUUCCUGGCUCCGGCAUUGGCAAUCAUCAACUCCCCAGAGUUUCAAGGACUCAAUGAAAAUAAAUUCAAGCAUAUUAUGAAGGAGCUACAGGGGGCUAUAAUCAUAGCUUCAACCUUUCAAGCAAUACUUGGAUAUAGUGGACUGAUGUCUAUAUUAUUAAGGUUGAUCAAUCCAGUUGUUGUAUCCCCAACUAUUGCUGCUGUUGGACUUUCUUUUUAUGGCUAUGGUUUCCCACUAGUCGGUACGUGUCUUGAGGUUGGAUUUGUGCAGAUAUUGCUGGUCAUUAUUUUUUCUCUUUAUCUUCGUAAGAUCUCUGUUUUUGGUCAUCGUAUAUUCUUAAUAUAUGCGGUUCCAUUGGGCCUGGCAAUCGCAUGGGCAGCUGCUUUCAUGCUUACCGAAGCUGGAGCCUAUAGUUACAAAGGUUGUGAUGUAAAUGUGCCUGCUUCAAAUAUAAUCUCUGAGCACUGCAGAAAACAUCUCUCAAGGAUGAAACAUUGUCGAGUUGAUACUUCACAUGCAUUAAGAUCGUCUCCAUGGUUCAGAUUUCCUUAUCCAUUACAAUGGGGUACUCCUGUCUUCCACUGGAAAAUGGCUCUUGUUAUGUGUGUGGUGUCCAUUAUCUCAUCAGUAGAUUCGGUGGGAUCAUACCAUGCAUCUUCGUUGUUGGUGGCAUCAAGACCUCCAACCCCAGGUGUUCUUAGCCGAGGGAUUGGUCUGGAAGGUCUUUCCAGCAUCUUGGCUGGUCUUUGGGGUACAGGAACAGGGUCCACCACCCUAACUGAAAAUUUACACACCAUUGCUGUGACCAAAAUGGGAAGCCGUAGAGCAGUUGAAUUAGGUGCAUGCAUCUUGAUAGUCUUAUCCCUUGUAGGUAAAGUUGGAGGCUUUAUAGCAUCAAUUCCUGAAGUCAUGGUUGCUGCAUUAUUGUGCUUCAUGUGGGCAAUGCUUACAGCUUUGGGCUUGUCGAAUCUACGUUAUAGUGAGGCUGGAAGCUCUCGGAAUAUUAUAAUCGUUGGGUUAUCUUUAUUUUUCUCUCUUUCAAUUCCGGCCUACUUUCAGCAGUAUGGUGUGUCUCCAAAUAGCAACUUCUCUGUCCCAAGAUAUUUGGAGCCUUACAUUGUGGCUUCCCAUGGGCCUUUCCGCAGCAAAUAUGGAGGGGUGAACUAUGUCCUGAACACAAUACUGUCAUUACACAUGGUAAUUGCAUUCCUGGUGGCUGUUAUUCUGGACAACACUGUACCUGGUAGUCAGCAGGAACGCGGGGUUUAUGCUUGGUCUGAGCGUGAUGCUGUAAGGAGGGAACCUGCAGUUACCAAAGACUAUGAGUUGCCUUUCAGGAUUGGUCGGGUUUUUAGAUGGGUGAAAUGGGUUGGGCUUUGAGAAAGAAGGUUUUUGAUGGUGGUGUUGGUCGCCAUCAAAUUGUCAAGCUUUUGUGGUUCAUUAUCGGAGAAUGGUUAUGGCUCUGUGAUUUGAAACCUGACUCCCGCAGCCUCAGGCGCCUAUACUAAAAUAUCAGUCUGAUAUCCGAUUUUCCUACAGAAUGAGACUUAGAGGGACUAUAGGUCUUAUAGAGAUAUUUUUGUACAUUUCAGGAUCCAGGGGGGGAUCCCUUUGUGUUGUAAUUUUAGAUCAUAAACAUUGUAUCUAGUUUUGAGAAUGUCCAGUUGGACUUUUUUCUUUUCUUCGCAUUGGAGCAAGCUAUGAGAACUGACCUUUGUUCAUAUAUAUGGUUGUAUUUUCACCUUA